AUGACACAUACCCUCUUUCGAUCCAAUCGCGAGAUUGUCACCCUGCUUGCACCCUACAUGCCACAACGAUCAGGUGUGUCCUUGGAUGUGGAGGAGUACCGGGAUCGAGAACCGCUCAUGACAGACGGUGUGACGACAGACUUUCAAGACUUUCAGCAUGUCAAGGCCGUCUAUCAAAUUCUGGACAUGAACAACGAAACGGGUGGUAUCGUGACGCCAGAUGUGGGAUCUUCACGGCCUCGCACGGGCCAUUAUACUACAACUGGCGUCCAUCGAGCUUCAGACGGUACACCACUGUCACCGCGGUCGAGGCACCUCCGCAAAAAGAUGGACAAGCUGAAGCGCCAACUGCGGAACACAGCAAGUCUGGAGAAAGAGGAGAAGGAGGAAGAGGGGUCGAGUUUGGAGGAUGGACCGCUCUCAGUGGAUCUGGCACUCGUCGAAAAGAAACGCAAACGGUUGUUGUCGUAUUAUGGAGGACAGAGUAGUAUGGCCCAGGAGACGACAGAGGAAGAGUUUUCAGAGCUACACAGCAGGUCUGGCCGAUACAAUAGCGAUAUGUUCAGAAAUGGUCAUCGAUCCGACGUGAGCAGGACUGAGGAAGACAGCAGUCGGCAGUUGGGAGGAGGAAGUGCAUCAAAGCAGUGGUAUAACCAGAGUACAGUCAUCCUUUCUCGAAGUGUGAUCUUAAAUCUCGACAACGUCGACGACGACGACGAGGGAAGGGAGGAAUAUGGAGAGAGCGAUCUAGGACAUGAUAUAUCGACGGGGAGGUUAACGGACAGAUCGACCGACAGAUCAAGAACUGAGCCGGCGACCCCUGAGGGGUAUGUGACUUCCAGUCCAGACUCCAUCCUGAGUUCCCUUGGCCUUCCAGAAAAGACUUUUGAUGUUAACUCAUUCAAGUCUGCUGAGGCUGGGUUCGACAAGAACAACCCCAUUUCCCUCUCGAGCGACCUUUCUGCUGCCCUGUCUAUUCUGUCUGCCGCUGCAGAGGUGGUUGAUCCUGACAUUACCGUUGCCGACUGUCUCUACUCCUUGCCUCCUCCCUCUUUACCAAAGACGCCUCCAUCACGGACACCCUAUCACGGCAAAGUCAUCGCUCUCGGAGAAAGCCCUACAAAGUCAGGAGAUGGCGCUACCCCGCACUGA